AUGUCAUUAGCUGAAAAUAAACAGAUGAUGGAAGCAUUAUUUAAAAAAGAAAUUUAUCAUAAAAAUAAACAUAAUGAAAAUAAUCAAUGUACAGAUGACUGGACAACCUUUAGAAAUCCAAAAGAUGGGCAUUUGUAUGGUUACAAAGUUUUUGUUGAAGAUAUGAUCAAUUAUUUUCAAGCUGAACUUAGAUGCCGUUCAAUGGGUGCUGAAAUUGUAAGCAUUCACAGUGCUGAAGAAAAUUCAUUUGUUGCAAAGUUGGCAGCUCCUCUAUUGGCAGAAUGUCAAAAUAAUCCUUUAAUUUGUGCUGAAAGGGUUCCUCAUAUAGAUAAGGCACAUGAACUUCUUGACCAGAUUCUUAGAGGAUUUUGGUUUGGUCUUCAUCGAAGCCAAUUUUAUCCAUUGUAA